AUGUCCUACUCACCAACGGCAGUCCGUUUCUUUACAGCACCAAAGCCUCUUGGGAAUGCCAUGGAUUCCGACUCAGUUAAGAUCACCGCGGCUGAGUCCCAGGGACAUACCGUCGUGAGGCCAAAUGUGUCUCCUGAGCGACCCUCAUCAGAGGCUGUGAAGGUUCACACAUCCAAGGAAAAGGGUCUGACAUUUGCCAAUCAAGACUCUCUUCCUAAACUCCCUAUCCCUGCUCUCGAGGAUACCUGUCGGAGACAUCUUGAAGCUCUUUCGGCCUUGCAGACCAUUCGAGAACAUGAGGAGACCAAGGCAGCGGUGAAGGACUUUUUAAAGACCGAUGGACCCAUCCUUCAAGAGAAGCUGAAGACAUAUGCUUCCUCCAAAACAAGUUAUAUCGAGCAAUUUUCGGUCGUCCUCAAUCUGAACCCAUUCUUCCUAUUGGAGGAUGACCCUACUCCUGCUCGAAACCACCAGGUGACCCGCGCGGCCUCCUUAGUCGUGUCUGCCCUCUCUUUCGUCCGCGCUGUUAGAAGAGAGGAGCUUCCACCAGAUACCGUUCGUGGCACUCCUCUGUGCAUGUACCAGUACUCUCGCAUGUUUGGAACCGCCCGUCUCCCAACCGACAAUGGCUGUGUCAUCAGUCAAGACCCUUCAGCCAGGCAUAUGGUGGUGAUGUGCCGUGGACAGUUCUAUUGGUUUGAUGUCCUGGAUGACAACAGCGAUUUGAUCAUGACGGAGAAAGACAUCUCGCUCAACUUACACGUCAUCAUCGAAGAUGCGGCACAAACUCCAAUUCAAGAAGCCGCUAAAGGAGCACUGGGCGUCCUUAGCACUGAGAACCGUAAGGUAUGGUCAGGCUUGCGAGAUAUCAUGACCAAGGAUCCUGCUUCAAACAACGCCGAGUGCCUGAACAUUGUCGAUACCGCCCUAUUCGUGUUAUGUCUUGAUGAUACCGAACCUUCGAGUACGGCCGAGCUUUGUGCUAAUAUGCUCUGCGGCACAAGCGAAGUGAUCAAGGGCGUUCAGGUCGGCACAUGCACCAACCGAUGGUAUGACAAACUUCAAAUAAUCGUUUGCAACAAUGGCAGUGCUGGUAUCAACUUUGAGCACACGGGCGUGGAUGGUCAUACCGUUCUACGGUUCGCCAGUGAUGUUUAUACCGACACUAUUCUUCGAUUCGCCAAGACGAUCAACGGCCAGGCCCCAAGCCUGUGGGCUACUACGAGCCCCGACCCUGCCAAACGUGACCCCCGCAGCUUUGGAAAUGUCAGCACCACACCUCGCAAGCUGGAGUGGGAUAUGACUCCGGAGUUGAAUAUUGCUUUGCGAUUUGCCGAAUCUCACCUGUCAGACCUGCUAUACCAGCACGAGUUCCAGGUCCUGGACUUUGAAGGCUUCGGCAAGAACUUCAUCACUUCCAUGGGAUUCUCGCCCGAUGCAUUCGUGCAGAUGGCUUUCCAGGCGGCAUACUAUGGUCUCUACGGUCGCGUUGAGAAUACCUAUGAACCAGCUAUGACGAAAAUGUAUUUGCAUGGUCGUACCGAAGCCGUGCGCACCGUGACACCCGAAGCCGUUGAAUUUGUUAAGACAUUCUGGGGUGAGAACCCGGCAGAGCACAAGAUUGAUGCCCUGCGCACUGCAACCCAAAAACAUACUGCCAUGACAAAGGACUGCUCCAAGGGACAGGGCCAAGACCGUCAUCUUUACGCUCUGUAUUGCCUGUGGCAACGGACAGCAGCUCUGCGGGUGGUUACUCAAGCCCCAGCGAGGGGAUGCUCUCCGAGACAUCAGAGGACUGCUUCUCCUCAUCACCCGGCACCGGCAGCAUCCGUGGACUGCGUACUCCUACUCUCCCCCACACCCACCAUCUUCAGCGAUGCUGGCUGGGACAAGAUCAACACCACCGUACUGUCAACCUCAAACUGCGGCAACCCCUGUCUACGACACUUUGGAUUCGGCCCGACAUCCGCUGACGGCUUCGGUAUUGGAUACAUUAUCAAAGACGACUCCAUCUCAUUCUGCGCCUCGUCCAAGCACCGCCAAACAGCACGGUUAAUGCACACUCUCGAGUCAUACCUAUUCGAAAUUAGAAAAUUGCUGCGCGCGACCAAUCGCAAGGCCACCAGCCCACGGACCAGCCGUGCCCGGGAAACUGAGAUGCUGGCAGAGCGUUUACAGGCUGAUAAUAAUCGACGCGGUCGGGUUGUUCGCGGGGAUAACCGUGGAGCGGAUACACCGACUACCACGACGGAUAGCGGGGAGAUAGAGGAUGAUGGAAUGGGUGGAUGUGAGUAUUUCCUUAUUCCCGAGACAUUCUUUUUCGGUCUUUCCGUAGAGGAACAAAAGACACAAAAGCUGACGAUGUGCUUAGAUGGAUUCUUCGAUGCUGGCAUGCUUCUGCAUGCACUUAAGGGUGUCAGCGCAGAGCGCGAACGUGGUGACAAGCCCGCGAAACGGAAGUUCGUUGGAAAGAAGCUUCAUCUCAAUGAAUAUUGA